CUCUCCGCUUGCGACGGCUGCGUCUAGGCGACCCGCCUACGAUUUACAUUGGAUUACUUGACGACCCUACUCAUGUCAAUUCAUAAUGACAACCCAACCUACCUUCCGUUCCAUCCAUGGCACGACCCCCGGAAUUCUCGAUCCGACACAACCAGCGCGCCUUCAUCGCAUCUCGGGAUCGACGCUCUCGUUCGCGUCCUUUCACCCUCUCGCUGCAUAUCCUAGACCACAGACCCUGGAAAACCUUUCCCUGAACGAGGAGCCGACACGUCCGAAGCGGAUCGUGAUAGAGACAACUCCAGGGCCCGAAGGCACGAGUUUCUGGCGCUUCGUCCCUCGCGCUCGUUUAGGACCUGGAGUGGAUAGCGAGGGGAAUUGGCCUAGGCUGGUCGAUAUUUGCGGGGAAGUUGUAUAUUGCUCGCAGGACCAGUGGGACAUCUACAAACUAGACACUACGGAGUAUGAGUGCUUCGUACCGACACCGCCUGCUAUGCCUACGAUCUCCCGUAGGAAGGUCAAAGAGCCGGCUGCAGAAGCCGGAACAGAGCGCCACACCGCGGAUGGUGCUCCUGACGCGCUCAGGUCGAAACGCCGCCUGUCGACGCCCUCCGAGGACGAAGCCCCACGACAUUCUCGCAAGCGGUUCCGCUCAGCUGCCCCGUCCGACUAUAUGAGUGAACUCGGUAGCGAUCGGGCGCACCCUAUCCCUGUUGAUGACGAGGAAGACGAAGUAGAAGACCUUCUUGUGGAGUCGUCGAAGGGAAGUUCCAUGCCGCCAGGCAGCCAUAAGCCGUCAAGUAGGACGGGCCCACGAAGAAGAACGAGGGAAGAGACAGAGUCUCAACGUCGGUGGCGAAGAGAGAAGACCGCUUCUCGGAGCAAGCCAAUGAAUACUGCUUUCGAUGACGUACAGGAAAUCGACAUGGUAGACCUGACUGCAGAUGAUCUCGACAACGGUCGCUCAGGAAACGUGCCGCCAACAAAUACGGCCAAGCGGAAGAUCUCACCCGAACCUCAGGUGCGAAGUCCCUCCAAAUCUGGGGAAGCCAGUACGAAUUCUUCAGACUAUGCGGAGGGUCAGUCAAGAAAGCGCCAUCGCACGGUUUCGCCUGGGGCGUCCAAGCAGGAGUACGAAGCCAAGCGUACUGAGCGGGAACGGCGCAGGAUGGAGAGCUUCAAGGCUCGCUUCGACAGCAAUAGGGCAGCGUGGCACGACAGAUUCCUCCACGAUCUCAUGACGGACAUUCCAGAAGAUUUCGGGAGCGGAGGAAACACGCAUGGACAUGAGCAACCGCCUGACCAGGCUCCAGGGGCCCCCAACCAAGGUUCGCUUGAUGAGGAGGCGCUUCGUCAAGCUGCGAUCGAAGAAUCCCGGCGGAAGCUCGCUGAGCUGGAGAAGGACAAGCCUUUGUGGGAAGAGGCUUCCCGCAGGCGUAUGGAAGCGGAGCGCGCGGAAGAAGAGAGGAGACGGGUGCAGAGCGAAGCUCAGCGACAGGCCGCAGAGGCGGAAGCGCGCCGGCGCCGGCAAGAGGCCGAACGGGCUGAGGCGGAGCGCAGAGCGAGAGCUGCCAGGGAGAACGCCGCGCACGAACAGGAACAGCGCCGCCGGCAGCAACAGCAGCAGCGGUGGUCAUACGGGCCCUGGACGACAGCACGCGCUCUGGAGCGCUACAAGGUGCUCAGCGAGACGUUCGACAGCGCCAAGUUUGCGGAGGACAGCCCUGCUACGUUCAAUGUCAUCCCGUGGCCUGUUCUGCGCUCUCCGGCCAUGCUAUCGAUCGAGGACAUCGACUGGAACGCUGUCGAAGCUUUCUUCAGGUCUGUUCGAGCGUAUAUGAGACCACAAGACUACAAGGCCUUUAUUCAGGAAAGCCAUAGGCGCUUCCACCCAGACCGUUGGCGGGCAAGAGGAGUCCUGAGAAGCGUAACAGACGAGGAGACCCGCAGCUGCUUGGAGGUGGCAUCAAACACUGUAGCACAAGCUCUGACACCGUUGUGGCGCGAAGUCGUCAAGGGUGGAUGAAGAUAAUUAUCGCUCUGUAUCGCUAUCGUACGUCACUCGUCGCAUCAUUGUAGAACGUAGUCGUGGCUUGGAAAACCUAGUUCGUGCAGCGCAG